CCGGAGUUGGCGCGAAGGCGGGGGGGCGGGUGGCAUGGAGGCGUCCCGCUAGGCCAGAUAAACCUCCGCCAUGGAUAUCCGGAAAUUCUUUGGCGUUGUACCUCCUGGGAAGCGACAAGAAUGUGAGACUGUGAAAAAGAGUGAAAAAAUUAAAAAUGGUGAAGGACCCUCAAGUGGGAAGAAAAAGGGAAAGGAGGCAAAGGUGAAUAAUUCACCCAGUGAAGAUGAUUCCAAACAAAAGCGGACUCACAAGAAAAAAAGAAUAAUCUACGAUUCAGAUUCAGAAGAGGAGGUGCAGCCAGUGAAAAAAUCCAAGAAGCCAUCUGAGAACAAAGCAGCUGCUUCAAAACUUGGUAAAGUUGUAAAGCGGGAUCCUGUUGUUUAUAUUUCAGAGACAGAUGAAGAAGAUGACUUUGUCAAUAAAAGAAUUUCCCUGAAACCAAAGGAGAAUGGGACAUCAACGAUCGGUUGUCCAGGAACAACUACAGUGAAAAAGGAAGAUGUGAAACCACGACCUAAAAGCAAGCCGUUAUCUCCAGUGAAACAGACUCCCACCUCGGCGCUUGAUUACUUUGGGACAAGUAGUGUCCAACGAUCAGAAAAGAAACUGGUAGCAAGUAAAAGGAAAGAGCCUUCACAAAGCAGAGACAGCACAGUAGAUGAUGAGGCCAUUGCUAGGCAACUGCAGCUUGAAGAAGAUUCAGAGCUGGAGAGACAGCUGCAUGAAGAUGAAGAAUUUGCUAAAACUUUGGCUAUGUUGGAUGAAACACCGCAGAAGAAAAAGGCUCGGAAAGAUUCAGGAGGAGAACAAACAGUAUUGAGCACCAAGAGCAGUCCUAACGUGACAGAAAGAUAUAAGCAGUCUGAAAGAGGGAAAGCAACGCAUUUGACAGGUGAAGCAAAGAAUUCCACUGCAAAGCACCAGACUAAAUCUGAACACUCCAAAGGGUCUCCUUCAUUCCCACAAUCUGAUGGUAAAUCAGCAAGAGAGUUGACGGAGAAGACGUUGCCUUUGAAACCCAGUGCUAAGCUCGUGUCUCUGAAACAAAAAGAAGAAGUUGCUGAAAAGGAAAGAGGUGCUCGAAGUGUAGUAUCAAAAGAAAAAAUUGCUUCAGGGAAAGAAGAGAAGACAACACCAAAGAAGGAGAAAAUUUCCCCCAAGAAGAGUGAGUCUGUAAGUCCUGAGGACUCUGAAAAGAAGCGAAGCAAUUACCAAGCCUACCGCAGCUUCCUGAAUCGCGAGGGCCCCAAAGCACUGGGUUCCAAAGAGAUACCUCAGGGAGCUGAGAACUGCCUGGAAGGCCUGACGUUCGUCAUCACAGGCGUCCUGGAGUGUAUUGAAAGAGAUGAGGCCAAGUCUCUGAUUGAACGUUACGGAGGAAAAGUAACUGGCAAUGUCAGCAAGAAGACAAACUAUCUGGUUAUGGGGCGAGACUGCGGCCAAUCGAAAUGUGAAAAGGCGUCAGCUUUAGGGACGAAAGUUAUUGAUGAGGAUGGUCUCUUUGAUCUCAUUCGCACUAUGCCGGGCAAAAAGUCCAAAUAUGAGCUGGCGGCUGAAACAGAGGCAAAGAAAGCUGAGCCAAGACCCAAAAAGACACCACAGAAAGCUGAAGCUGGAAAAAGAAAUUUUAGCCCCAUCAAAAGGGAAGCUGAUAAUAAAAGAAAUAAGUCUACUCCUGAAAAAGGGGAUACCAUAAGAUCUGUUAAGAAAGAAAGCACUGCUGUCCGAAAGCUGACGGACUUCAAACGGCAAACUGUAGAGAGUAAAGAAGCCCCAAAACCUAAGGAGAACGUGGCUUCUGAAAUGAGCGAAGAUGGAAAGGAGAGGUUGCUGUGGGUAGAUAAAUACAAGCCUUCGUCUCUUAAGGCAAUAAUUGGACAGCAGGGUGAGCAAAGCUGUGCCAAUAAACUGCUCCGAUGGCUCCGAAAUUGGCAGAAGAAUUCCUCGGAAGAUGGACAAGCAAAGACCAAUAAAACUGGAGGCAAAGAUGAUGGUGCUGGUUUUAAAGCAGCAUUACUUUCUGGUCCACCUGGAGUUGGUAAAACUACUACAGCUUCUUUGGUUUGUAAGGAACUGGGGUAUAGCUACGUGGAGCUGAACGCCAGUGACACUCGCAGUAAGAACAGUCUAAAGGAAGUAGUUGCUGAAUCGCUGAACAACACCAGCAUCAAAGAGUUCUGCUCGGGCACAUCCUCAUCAGUUAGCGGGAAGCAUGUAUUGAUCAUGGAUGAAGUGGAUGGUAUGGCAGGCAAUGAAGACAGAGGAGGGAUUCAGGAGUUGAUUGGUUUGAUUAGACACACAAAGAUACCCAUCAUCUGUAUGUGUAACGACCGCAACCAUCCUAAAAUUCGUUCCUUGGUCCACUACUGUUUUGAUCUUCGUUUUCAGAGACCUCGUCUGGAGCAGAUUAAGGGUGCCAUGAUGUCUAUUGCGUUUAAAGAAGGUUUAAAAAUUCCACCACCUGCUAUGCAAGAGAUAAUCCUGGCAGCAAAUCAGGACAUCAGACAGGUUUUACAUAAUCUGAAUAUGUGGUGUGCAAAAGAUAAAUCAUUGACCUAUGAUGAGGCUAAAACAGAUGCCGGCAGAGCCAAAAAGGAUAUCAAACUGGGCCCUUUUGACGUCGUCCGGAAGGUUUUUGCUACAGGAGAGGAGGCUUCUCGUAUGUCUCUUAUAGACAAAUCGGAUCUGUUCUUCCAUGAUUAUUCCCUAGCACCUCUCUUUGUCCAAGAGAACUACGUACAUGUGAAACCAGCUGCUGCUGGAGGAAAUCUGAAGAAGCACUUGGUGCUCUUGAGUAGAGCAGCUGAUAGUAUAUGUGAUGGUGAUAUAGUGGACAAACAGAUUCGUAGCAAGCAAAACUGGAAUCUUCUUCCAACACAGGCUAUUUAUGCCAGUGUUCUCCCGGGGGAGCUGAUGAGAGGGUACAUGUCCCAGUUUCCUGUCUUUCCCAGCUGGCUGGGGAAAUUUUCAUCCACGGGCAAACACGAUCGGAUCAUUCAAGAACUGGCAAUGCACAUGAGUCUCAGAACCCAGACGUGCAAGAGGACAGUGAACAUGGAGUAUCUGCCGUAUUUGCGGGAUGCGAUUGUCCAGCCCUUGAAAGACCUUGGGGCAGAGGGUGUACAAGAAGCUAUAACCUUCAUGGACUCUUACUGCUUGAUGAAAGAAGAUAUUGAAAAUAUCAUGGAAAUAAGCACGUGGGGAGGCAAACCCAGUCCUUUCUCAAAGCUGGAUCCCAAGGUCAAAGCAGCUUUUACGCGUGCCUACAACAAAGAGGCACAUCUGACUCCAUACUCGCUUCAUUCUGUCAAAACAUCUAAAAGGCAGUCGGGAUCUGCGAUGAGCUUAGAACUGAGUGAAGACUUGACUGUGGAAGAGAUCCAGUCUGAUGAGGAUGAGCAAGAAUCUGUUGAAAGUGAUGCGAUGAUUAAGCAAAAAAAGGUGAAGUCUUCCAAGCUGCCAAAAAGAGAGAAAAACGAAGAAACGACAAAAAAGGAAGGCAAAAGAAAAGAGAAAACAAGACAUUAAACGGAAUAAAAGUCUUGCUCUGGAUGUGGCUUCGCUUAUCUAAGUUCUGGCAGGAACAGGAGAACGAUCCAGUGACAGAGCCGGGGAAGGAGAACCAGUGGGUUCAAACUGCUCCUCUCAUAGAGGUGAUGUAGCCCCUGCACCCUCCUAACGGGCUACAGCCUUACAGGUGAGACGUGCCCUGGGGCACAAACACAAUGGAAAGACAGUGCUUACUUACCUGGCAUUUAGGCUAAGUCUUCCUAGGACUUCACUCUUUUUUUUUUUUUUUUUUUUUUUUUUUUUUUAUAAAUCCCUGACAUUGUGGUGAAGUCUUGUAAAUAGUACAUGAUGCACACACCCCCCAAAUCGCGUAUUUGUACAUUACAGAAAUUAAGCAGUGUAUAAAAUUACAAUAAAACGUUUCACAGGAGUCUUUUAAAAAUUUGGCUAAGUUCCUGGAGUGUUCUGUCUCCCCCUCUUUUCUUCCAAGGUUUUGGCUUUCCUUCACAUCCAGGACGUGGCGUUAUUCUUUUCCUACAACUUUCCUUUUGUUCAGUUCAAGACAGAGAAAAGCAGUGAGGGAUUUGGUUCUGAAACUUGAGUAGCCUGUGCUUUUAUGAGUUGUACCUUUAAUCAAAACCAGAAAGGAAUACUUAAAGAGUAAGAAACGUUUAAUAGAAAAUAGUCAUAAAAGUUCAGCACCGAUCUCAAAAAGAACACUGGUUUGGUUUUUUUUGCCACUUAUGUAACUCAGAAUGCCCCUUGCUUUGUCUUUGGUGCAGAUAAAAUGCACAUUUUGCUUGGUAAGAAGAAUUAUCAAUCAGUUUUAUUACUUAAAUCAAAGUACAAAAUUUAUCAAAAGCUAAAUAUUUACAGGCUAUCACAAAAUAGAAGUGACUUGGUGGUUGUUAUUAAAUCCUCAUGGGGAAAAGAUACGUGAUGUAGUGAUAGAGUGUUCCUUGCUGCUUGCCAGACACACGUGCAGCUCUGGAAAUAGAGGCAGGUAGUUAGUCAUAGCCCAAGAUACAGACUGUGAUAGCAAACUGCAAGGCUCUCAGACUGGAAGAAAAAUUAACAAAAAUAAGGUUAUUGUGGUGUAUAUAGCUUACAGUAUCACUUGUGCAUUACUUUGAUCUAUAGCUAGCUUUUCACAUAAGGUAUUUGCACUAGUAAACCUACCUUCAGCUGUCAGAAUUAAUGAAGAACUAGAUUAACUCAUUUUCUGUUACAUUCUUUUAACCAAACUGAAGUCUUGAAUCUAAGUGUGUGGUACAGACAGAGCAGUUGUCUUAUUCUUUGAAAUAGGUGUAUUUCAAGCCAAUAUUCUGUUGCUGUUUUCCUGUGUGAUAUUCUACAUUCUGUUAAACACAGAAGCUAAGAUCAUGUAACCUGCAUUGUAGAUCUGUUCCUUGCAGCGAGCACACCGCUCUGCCUUCCUGGCUUAGAUCUUUAGAAGGAUUUGUUGAUGCUGAGAACUGGGAUUCGGGAACAUGUUCCAAACCAGAACACGUUGCAGAUGGUAAAUGUGAUUACAGAGGUAAUGGCUGAGGGCAAAUAGGCAAUACAGCUGGGUCUUGGUUACCUGAGGCACAGACCCAGAGUUGGAUUCUUGAACACUGCAUUUCCCUUGCUGGGAAAGAAGCUCUGUGUCCUCUAGAAUGAGCCCUGCUAAGUGGAAAAGAAAAAACAACCAAACAGGCUGUAGCACGUACCUGAAUUUAUUGGUCCCCAUCUUCUGGUGUGAGGUACUGCGUGCAGUCGUUUAUUUUCUUAAGAUCAACAAUGUUAAUCCUUUCAGAACACAUUGGACAUAUGUUUUCGGUCUGUAACAUGCUGUUUUAAAAGAAGGGUGACAGGUCAAAUGAUAGAAUUCUAACAUUUUCAGAUGAUCAGCUGGGCCUGAGGCAGAGGGCAUAGAGUGUGUCCUGACCUAUGCUGUGUAACACACACAGACCAGUUUAAGUCUGGGUGCAGCCAAGUUUGGUUUGUUCGGUUUUAACAUUUGAGAACAUCCCAACAGGAACACUGCUGCUGUUUGCGUGGGCAGGCGGAAAAUUUGGCAAUUAAAACAUAUGCAGAGGAGCUUGGGGUAGAACAUGAAGUUUCUGCAGCUUCAUAGUUCCUGACAUCUGACCAGAGCUAUCCUGUCCCAGUCGCACACACAUGAUUACUGGGGACAAAAGUCACUAACACCCAGUAAGCUGUGUGGUUUGUUUUGGUGGCUGCUGCUGUACCUGUGUUGCCCCUGCCCCUCUAUCAGGCCACCUUCUGGGAAGGUGCAGAGAACUCACAAAAGCCCCCUCCCAUCCAUCUUUGUUACUGCUCCUGCUGGAGCCCUGCAUCUCCUGCUGAGAUAAUUAUUUAUCGUAUGCAUUGAAGAGUGAUGUUCUGUGAGUACAUUAGAUGAAACUACCAAGUAAGGGAUACUCCUCUUCUGUAUCCUCCCCUUCCUGAGCUGUUACAUGUUUUUAGUACCAAAUCAAACAUUUUGCUGCUAAAGUAUGAACAAACAUUGGAAUCCUGCAACAGAAAACAAAUCCCAACUUACUUUUUGAAUUCUGAAUAGAGGGCAGGAAAGUCACAGUGUGGGCAGACUGUCCAGUCGUCUCGUAGCAUGUGCCGGCCCUGCAUGCAAAAACCACAAGUAAUUAAAUGGCAAGUGCUGCCCUAGGCCCCUGGGCACUGAGCUUUAUACCUGUCACUGUGGAAAAUGUCCAAAGAUUCUGAAUUAAAAAAACCAAGCACACAACAGUGUUACUGUACUCUGAUUACUGUGUCAAUUCUGUAAGUAGAAAAGGAGCUCUCGGGGAGAUAUGCUGUUUUCAUUGUCAUUCCUCUUUUAAAAAAAUGUAUUGAAUUACAACUUCUAAAAUUCUUUUAGUUUGGCAGUUCUAGAAUGUUAUCUGUAGGUCUAUGUCUAGACUAAAUCUAUUGGGAGUUUUGGUGUUGCAUACAACAUUCAAAAAAAAUGCCCCCAAAGCCACACCACCGGGAGGUGGCAUUCAGGGCUGCCCAGGCUGUGAGGGCAGUGACUGCCCUGCCCUUUGCCUCUUCCAACAGAAAUUAUUUCCUCUGUUUUGGUGUGGUUUUACUAAUUUGCUUUUGAUACAGAGAAUUCAGAUGUACCUUUUCACUGCUAUAAAAUGCAACAGCACUUUGAACUCUAUUGAGGAUUUUAUGUUCUAAUAGAUGUGCAACAGUAGACUGUUUUGACACUGACUCCUAAAAUAUUUGAAAAUGCUGCAUUUCUAAUGAUGUUACAAAUACCUGUGAUGUAAAUGAACUAUAACCAAGACAGAGCCUAAGUAAAUAACUUGAAAUAUACAUGAAUCUGUACUUUACAUUUGGCCCAUAAAGCUGUAUUUAAGUCUUGGGUUUUUUUGUUAAGAUAGUACUUGUAAAGUAUACCAGUCAUCUUAUUCUGCUAAACCAAUAGAGGAAAUAAAUAGAUAAUGGCUAUUAUUAUUUUUGUAAGACUUAAUUCUUUAGUUUUAAUAAAGAAUGUUAACUCCAA